GUCGAAUCAUUGACAAAGGAAAAAGAUCUCCUUUUGCUUGGAACUGUUUGGGAGCUGAGAAAGAUCAGGGGGGGAUCCCCGGCUGACAUUGCAGUGUUCUGCCACAGAUUCAUAGGAGCAUAUGACAUAAAAGGUAUCAGUGGAGAGCAGUCGCACUGUGCAGGCCAGUGGAAGGCAGAGGAGGGCUCCGAGACUGUGCUCCCGACACGGAGGAGCGUGUUUCACAUCGAGUGGUCAUCCAUCCGGAGGAGGAGCAAAGUGUUUGGAAAAGGUGAACAUCAAGAGAGACAAACCAAAGAGCCCCUUCCCUACGCAUAUCGGAAGCCCACAGUGGAAUUGUUUGAUCUGGACACCAUGGAGGAGAGCUCGGAGAUAAAGGCAGAAGCCAACACGGCCAGGACUUCCUGGAUUCAGAGCUCGAUGGUCGCUGGUGGGAAGAGAAUCAGCAAAGCCUUGAGCUACAUCACAGGAGAGAUGAAGGAGUGUGGAGAGGGGCUUAAAGACAAAUCUCCAGUGUUCCAGUUUCUUGACUGGGUGCUCCGAGGCAUGUCCCAGGUGAUGUUUGUGAACAACCCUCUCAGCGGCAUCCUCAUCGUCCUUGGCCUCUUUGUGCAGAAUCCCUGGUGGGCCAUCUCGGGUUGCCUGGGCACCAUUGUGUCCACCUUGACUGCCCUCAUCCUGAGCCAGGAUAAGUCAGCCAUUGCAGCAGGACUCCAUGGCUACAACGGGGUGCUUGUGGGGCUCCUGAUGGCCGUGUUCUCAGACAAGGGCAACUAUUACUGGUGGCUGCUGCUCCCUGUCAUCGUUAUGUCCAUGACUUGCCCCAUCCUGUCCAGUGCCUUGAACACCAUCUUCAGCAAGUGGGACCUCCCAGUCUUCACACUGCCCUUCAACAUUGCGGUGACCCUGUACCUGGCAGCCACGGGCCACUACAACCUCUUCUUCCCCACCACGCUGCUGCAGCCUGCAACCGCCACACCCAACAUCACCUGGUCAAGUGUCCAAGUCCCUUUGCUUCUGAGAGCCAUCCCAGUUGGGAUCGGCCAAGUGUACGGCUGUGACAACCCCUGGACUGGAGGCAUCUUCCUCGUAGCUCUGUUCAUAUCUUCACCUCUCAUCUGCUUGCAUGCAGCCAUUGGAUCCACCAUAGGGAUGCUGGCAGCACUCAGCAUUGCCACGCCGUUUGACUCCAUCUACUUUGGCCUGUGUGGCUUCAACAGCACUCUUGCCUGCAUCGCCAUCGGGGGCAUGUUCUACGUCAUUACCUGGCAGACACACCUGCUGGCCAUUGCCUGUGCACUGUUUGCAGCCUACCUUGGUGCCGCCCUGGCUAACAUGCUGUCCGUGUUUGGGUUACCACCCUGCACCUGGCCCUUCUGCCUCUCGGCACUCACCUUCCUUCUCUUGACAACCAACAAUCCUGCCAUCUACAAGCUCCCACUCAGUAAAGUCACCUACCCAGAGGCCAACCGCAUCUACUUCCUGUCCCAGGAGAAAAACAGAAGGGCAUCAACAAUAACGAAGUACCAGGCCUACGAUGUCUCCUAAGCAUGUCAUAUAACUGCAGCCAGCAGCACAUGGUCUGCUCCCCAGGCUAAGAUCCACUUACCACCCCCAGUCCCUCCUACUA